AGCCUUCACUUCAAUGCACCGAACACCACCACCAUCCUCACAAUGACAACUCCAACACCGCCAUCAGAAGAACCAACAAUGCCGCCGCGAAACCUCCUCCCGACAAUCUUCUCCUCCCUCUCCCGCUCAUCCUCCUCCGCCUCCCCCACGCGCUGGACGCUCCUCCGCACCCUCAAAAGCGAAAACUCAAACGACAUGCAGGGCGAUCUCCACGGCACUGCAACAUUCACUCCUCUACGCUCUCAUAGACUCGACCCAGCCGCUCGAAAAAACAUACCCGAGUCCGAAACAUUGGGCGAUGGCAAUGGAUACACAGACCUCCUCUAUAGCGAAGAAGGCUCCCUCCCACAAUCCUUCGGGCCCGGACUCCGCUGGACAAAGAAAUACAUAUGGAGACUCAGCGCAAACGGUCGGAUAAGCGUCUGGUUCGUGAAGAUAGACAAAAAGCAGAAACCGUCGGCAGAUGGAGAUGGAGAUGGAGAUGGACAGGCGCCGGAGGAGGAAGCGGAUUAUCUCUUCCACGAAUUCGACUUGGUGUCUUCUACUGAUGAGUCGGCUGCUAAAUCUGAAUCUGGAGAGGAAUUUGUUACCCCACCUGUGCCGCCGGAGGUUGGAUCGCUCUCGGGACUGCAGACGAAGAUUGUUGCGGCGCGCGGGAAUCAUCUCUGUAUCAAGGAUAUGUAUCGCACGGCGUAUGCGUUUCGGGUUGCGGAGGGUAGUGGCGAGGUGCUUAGUUGGGCGAGUCGGCAUGUGGUAAAAGGGCCGAAGAAGGGGCAGGAUAUAGUUAAUCUGUAUUCGAGGGCUAUGUAGAAUCGGGGGCUGGUAUAGUAUAGACAAAAUAUUGUAGUAGUACGAUUUUACGCGUGCAUGGUCUUGGUUUCACUUCGGAGUUUCUGACAUGAUCAAGGGCCGCAAGACUAACUAACUAGCGACGACUAAAACACACAGGACCGGCAAAGUCUGUAUAUAUCUCUCCCUCAGAGUGUAUAUAUAAAGUCCGGCUUCUUAUCACCCAAAAGCUGAACAUCGCUCUCGUCUAGUCCCUCCGUCCAGCUAUCUCGGUCUCCACGACGGCGCUUCGUAUUCUCCCUUCGCAGGAGAAUAUACUGUAGCAGCGACCCUCCAAACUGGAAGAGCACGAGGUACGCAAGGACCGUCCCAUGA